GAUUGCACCACACAGAGGGUGAUGCCAGCCUUAUGUUACACCAGUUGUAUCAUGGAUCAGAAACACCAGAGCUCUGUGCAGAAGAGAGGGCACCUGCUUAAAGAUGGAGAUAUAUAGAGUGUUUGGCGUUCUUCUGCUUUUCCUGUCUACUCCCUAUGUCUUUGCAGAUAGCCACUCUCAUUAUUUCUUUAUGACCGUCACCAAUGAUCCUACGCCGGAUUUCCCCUCAUACUACACGACAAGGGCGAUAGAUGACGUCACUCUAUACUGGUAUGACAGCGUCAAUGAAAUAGUAGAGUGCAGAGUUCCAUGGUUCAAAAGCACUUCUGCCACGUUGCUGGAUGAAAGUAUCAGUGAGUACAAGCAUCAGAAUUACCUGCAAAGGUUCUUACAGGCUGUGUUGUUUCUUCGCAAAGAAACGGAGGGAUACCACGUUCUGCAGGUGAUAGAAGGAUGUACAGCCUAUGAGAACGGUACAACGGAGACAGUGGCCAGUUACCAUUAUGAUGGGAACCCAUUUAUUUCUUUCAAUAUGACGACCGCAAAAUGGAUAGCGGAUUCCGCAAACGCUCAGUACUUUGCAGAGAGGUGGAAUAAAAACACGACAGUAGCUGAGGAAAUAAGGAAUCUGUUGUUGAAUUCAUGUAUUCCACACAUACAGGAGCUGCUGUUACUAGGAAACUGCACGUUUAAUAGGAGAGAACAGCCCGUUGUGAGAGUGACACAGCAUCCUAUUACCAAUGGCAGCAGUAGACUGUCCUGUCGGGCGUACGGACACUACCCCAAGGACAUUGCCAUGAUGUGGUACAGGAAUGGGCAGAAGAUAGCAGCGGAGGUGAUGGACAGAGUGACGGUGCCUCUUCCUGACUUGGUGUAUCUAACCUCUUUGUCUCUCACCAUUACCCCACUGGCUGGUGACAGCUACACCUGCGAGGUCUCCCACAGCAGCCGGGCGUCACCAUUUCUACAUGAUUGGAAACUCUCGGAUGAUCCCCCACAUCACCCCAGCGCCCCCUCUAACGGGGCAGUGAUUGCUAGCUGCCUGGCUGUCAUCCUGCUACUAGGCAUCAUAGUAUUUGGCUCUGUGUCACUGGGAAAGAGCAGGAGACAGUCUGACAGACUGACCAAUCCAUAAAAGUGCCGGAUAUUAUAGCACCAGCGUUUCUACACAGCACUGCAGCGGCGAGGUACUGAGGCCGCAACCUGGACAUGAUGAUGGCAUUAUUCAUACUGUACGGACUGCCUGCAGUUCUGCCUCUGACCUGAGCUCCUGGUGGCGCUGCAGCACACAGGAACUACCAGGGCUCCGUCCAUACUUGUAGCACCAUUUACUCAAGUUAACAUAGCCAGCUAUCUAUGCCUGACACAUAUACAGUACACAGAUUAUUAGGCAAGGCAGGAUUGUCUCUAUUGCACUACUGAUCCUGUAUCCUGGACCUUGCUCCUGUCUGAUUACCUGUUCAUAUAUUAAACCUGUUAUUAUUC